AUGAUAAUUCUCUUACUAUGGCUAUUCUUCGGAAUAGCUUUAGGUUGUGAAGAUGGCUUUUAUGAUAGUGGAGGGAGCUGACUUCCUUGUGAGAGCUCCUGUAAGACAUGUAGUCAGGAUGGAGAGUGUACAGAGUGUGAUGACUAUAUGUUUAUGGAUGAUAUGACAGGGAUGUGUGACCAUUGACCUGAUGGAGAGUUCUAUGAUUUUUCACUUAUGCAAUGUAAUAGUUGAGCUGAUUCUUGUAAUGGGUACUGAGGGUACCAAGAAAGAUGUUACGUGUGUGACUCAACAGAAGUUCUCAAUAUUGAAACCAUGACCUGAGUGCCCAGCUGUCCAGUUGGUACUAUCCAAUUCUCGGAUCCUAUACAAUAUAAACUUAGCUCAUUUUGAAGAAGUAUGGAUUAUUAUGUGGACCCCUCAAGUGAAGAAAUAAUGGAGCUAGGCACGAAAGCUUAUCCAUACAGAACUAUAUCACCUGUUUUUGCUGAAAUUUUGAAGCAACAUUCUCAUAAAGAUAGGAAAGUUAGUAUUUUUAUCAAAGAAGGGACAAAUGUCUUCAUCCAAGACUCAACUGCUUUCUUCAUAAAUGUAACACAAGUGUCUGUUUCGACUUAUAAUCAAAAUUCUAUUUCUCAAGGCAUGGCUACCAUCACAACUACAGAUGCUAUAGUUGAAGGUUUGAGCAAGAAAGCAGCUUUCCAUUUAAUGAAGGAUCUUACCCUAGACAUUGGAUCUGUAGUUUCUGCAGGGAAUUUUUCAGAUGCUGAGAUGGGAUCCAUUGGAAGAGGAGGAGAUACAUUCCAAUGAGUCAGAACUUCACUUGGAAUAUCAAAAAUAGUUACAAGAAGAAUUGCAAAAACGACAACAAGCGGUGUGUUUAUAUAUCUCUUGUAUCUCCAACGAAAGGAAAUUAAGCUAACUGAUGUGGAGUUCCAUGUGACUGGAACUGUGCUAUACACCAAAGAUCCAUGCAAUGUGCACUUAGAGAACUUGUUUAUGAAUACAUACCAAGUCAUUGCUGGCAUCAUGUUUUGGCCUGAUUGCAAUUACCCAGAAGCCUUCUGGACUCCCACAUUUUAUGUAAAUAACUUCACUGCUGCUGUACUGAGCGACGAGGCUGAAGCAUACAGACCCAAUGUACUCUAUUAUUCUGGCCCUGGAAAUGUGACCGCUAUAAAUAUUAAUAUUUCUGCGAAUUAUGGGCUUGCACAGUUGGGGUUGUCAACUUUCCUCAUAUCUAUCGAACCUCCCUGAAUUCCUUCAGAUGGUCUGACUAAGCUAGUGGAAAUAGACACAGUGCACACAGCUCUGCCUGACAAUGUGUUUAAGGCAAAGAUAAACAUGUUUGUUAUAACUGGUGGAGUCUCUUAUAGCCGCCCUCAGAUUAUUAAUGUAUCUAACCUUAAUCUAGAGAAAGCUUACGGAGCAUCUCUAGCCUAUGUGAUCAUGUUCUUGGCUUCAGGAGACACUGUGAAUCUGAGAAAUUUCCACUUGAAAGACUACGAUAGUACUUCUAGUUCUGUCUGGAUCACAGUAGGUAAGUUUGAAAACUGAUCAAAAUUUGUUCAUAAUAUUUCACUUUUUGGGUAUUUCUAA